UCUAGCCAAAAUGAAGAAGAUCAAUUUAAGUAGGAUGUUUUACGAACUUCUCCACAAGGCGGGCAAUCCCCUAUCACAGCAGCGACGUCUACAAGCAUGGCGUCCACAAUCCCUUGCUAUCUGACACUUACUGUCACAUGCUAAAUCUUGAUAGCAAGGAAUCUAAUCUCAAGUCAGUAAAAUCUAGCCCGAAAACACAAUAUGCAAUAAACAAUAAAACAUAUAGCACACCAACAAAUAUUCACUGUUUGCUGUUCCUUUCGGCAUUUGUCAAGUUGUUCUUGGACCCAACUAUGAAGCAACCUUACAAUCGAAUAAGCUAGAACUAGAUUUUACCUCUUUCUUCAGGCCUCCACAACGGCACGACUUGAAGACACAACCAUUCUGCAGGUCUCAGCACACUGCCCUCGGUGCCACCUUUCAUGACACCUAUGGAACCCACAGCUCAACAUUUUGCCACAAGUAUCUCCACAUAGCGGCACUGCAACAUCACAGGACAAUCCUUCAUGCACUGUCUUCCCACAAGGGCAAGUCCUCUUCCCUUGCAGCGGACAUCCACCACACCCUUCCGGAGAGUGACACCCUUGCUCGCACAAAUGCUUCCCGCAGCUCAAGGGUUUCUUGCACGGAAUCUCACAUCUGAAUUCCCUCUCACAACAUUCCUUCUCCUCUUCUUUCUUCCCGAACAGGCAUCGAUAAACCCCGCGCUUGUGACAAGGGGGAGACUCUCCAUCGUGACAAAUCUAUUUACAUUUGUGACUCAUACAAUCUAACAGCUUAUUGGAUCGACUAUUACACGAGUACACUUUAUAUCCACACCGCCGCACAACUUCAAUCUUGCCGCAAGAACAUGAUGCCUUAACCAGUUUAGGACAUGGAGGGCACGGCCCCGGGUGACACAACAACAAGCAGAAAUGGCCACAAUUAUUCUUCAACGGACGGUUACGGAGCUCGCCGCACGAAUGCGGCAAAAUCCAGGGAUUAUCAUUCGGAGCGAGUGGCGGCGAGAUCGGAGGCCUGGCGAGCCCAUGAUUGGAUGCAGAGGAGGUGGAAGACGUCGAAGCAGAGGGAAGCGCAAGACCAGGUGGGAUCGGAAGGUCGGAUGCGCUCCAGGCAUGAGAAAGCGCCGGAGGAAGAAUGGAAGAUGGCGGUGACGGGGACGGGAUUGGAUUUUUGAGAGGUCGUGCGGGGACGGGGAAACGGAGGUGGCGGUGAGCUCGAAGUAGAAUUUGAAGAUGGAAUUGGAGAGGUCGGUGUGGCGGAGGACGGAGUUGAACUCGCCGGCCUGAGAGCGGUCGGAAUCGGAAUCUGAAUCGGAGAACGAGUGUUGCUUUCGAUAAACACACUCAGGUUCGCAGGUGGAUCGCGGAGUUAAGUCAAGUGGGACCAAAUAGGGUUUGAAACAUCUGAAUGAAUAUACAAAAUCCUG